CGUGACCACUCACCCACCCAGCAUGCGGCCUUCUAACGAGUCUCUCCGUCCUCUCCCUUCCCUGGCAUUAAUGCCAUACCUACCUGAUGCUUCCCUUUGCAUGGACCAGCUGCAUGCACCCACCCCCUCUGCCCAAGCUGUCCACGGCUCCUCCCCGAUGAACCGCGCCCCUCACACUAGUACGCCCUACCUAGCUACGCUGCCCAGGCCUCUCAUCUGUUCGCCGCCCGCGCCGCUAGCCUCGCCGCCCGUGCUCCCGGUUCCCAACCAAAGUCCCAUCGCCGCUGCUGCCGUCCUCUCGCCCUUGUACCGCGACGCCCUCCAUUCUCCUAAAAAGAUGGCGCCCAAGCCUUCUCACAGUCUCGACCGGCCCGGCGUUAGCUCUGUUCGUGGCCUAUUUCUUCGCCCCCUUUGCCUUCCCUCCAUCCAUCCGCUCCAAGCCUCUCUGCUUUCGCUGCCUUGCAAGCGACCACCUCGUCCAUGCCUGUAGAGACCCCGUGCGCUGCUCUCGUUGUGGCUGCUCGUGUCACCAUAGCUUUGAGUGCUCCUCUAGCUUCCCCCUUGCCCUCCAGCAUCUCCGCCUGCUUGCCCACCGCCUAGCCAUGGCCUCCCCGACGCGUGUUGCUGCUUCCGACGACACCAACCCUGCCUCCCAUGUGCUGUGGAUUGGCUCUCAUCGCAUAGUCCUCAACGAGCCGGUCGCUUCCGUUCCGCGCCUCGUGCGACAGGCCUCCUCUGACGGGGACUCCGCUCUGCUGUCCCAGCGGGCGUCACCGCGUCAUGAUGGGGUGACAUCAGACGAUGCUGCCUCUGCGGUCCGUGGCCCCCCGCGCCCUGAGUCCUCCCUCUCAUCCUCAGCCUCGUCGCCUGGCCGCGCCCACUCCACCUACCCGGACAUCUUCGUCCCGUCCGGCCUCGUCCACGACGCCGGCCGCUUCUGCUUCGCCCAUCUCGACACUAUCGUCCUCGAGCCCUAUGACUUCAUCCGCUUGGCGGUCGAGCACUUCGCCGACAACCCGACGUUCCACUACGCGGCUGCGACGGGGUACUCGGCCCUCCUCGUCUUUGACUCUCACGCCGACCGGGAGGCUGCCAUGGCUCACUUCCCGGCCAAGUUUGCCGUCGUUGAGGUCUCCCUUCUCCGUCCUGAGGAGACGGACAAUCGCGCCUCCACCCGCUACAACCGCCUGAUCGAGAUCGAGGCGAAAAACUUCCUGCUCGAGCUGUGGCACCCCCAAGGGGCGAACUUUGUGUUCGGCCACUUUGGGGUGCUGUGCUGCGUUGAUGAGGGCUGCUUCAACGCCGGCGACUUCACGGUGAUGCGUGCCUUCCUCCGUGUGGAAGCCGACUACUCCAUCCCCGCCGGCUGCCUUCUCCGCCUCCCCCCCAACCAUAUCGUUGACGUCCCCUUGAGGAAGAUCAAGACUUGGACCGUGUUCGAGGAUCUCACGGCCCCCCUUGACGGGGAUGACGGCGACCACAACAACGGGGCACCCCACAUUCACGGUGCGUGGAGGUGGAACUAUGGCCACUCCGGGCCUUGCCCGGGCUCACACGCGUCCCACUCCAUGCCGCUGCCUUCUCCAUGCAACGGCUCUCCUGCUCCUCCCCUCCAUGACGGGCCUCCAGUUGACGACCUGCACCUUGAUGGGGCUAAUGCUGCCAUCUCUGAUGGCGGCGUCGGCCAGGGCGUGGCCAGUGACGUGGCUGGUCCUCUUCUAUGGAGGUGUCCAACCAGUUCUCCUCCCUGGUUAUCUCCGACGCCGAGCCCUCCGUUAUUUCUGUUCUUGCCUCCUUUUCGCUCAACGACAUCCCUCACGAGGCAACUCUGCGUCGGCUGCAUGGCGCUGAGAAGCGGACUACUGACGCCGAAAAGCUACACCGCAGCCGCCGCCUGGCCGAGAAGGAGGACACCAACUUCAUUGACAUGACCACCAAGGCCAUCCGCGCGAAAGCCCGGCGCUUCGAUCUGCAGCUGGCCUCCGCUGCACUGGUUGACGCCCUUGAGGUCUCGGGCCUCACCAGCGUGCCGGAGGAACCGGUGCACGACUCUGCUGCUCUCGCCAAGAUAGCAGCCCUCUGUGGUGUCGAGCCAGAAGAGGUUGCGGAGGUGUCCUCCCCCGCUCCAUGAUCAGCUGUUGCCGCACCUCGACGUCGGCCGCUCGCCACGGCCGCUCCGUCUCGUUAUGUCUAGGCCUUACCUGCCCUUAUGGCAAUGAUCUCGAUCAUGUGUUACCUUCGUCCUGUGUUAGAUCUUGUUGUGCUCUAGGCUGCAACUCUUGCGAUCUUUUUGUAAGGCACCCGUUAUUUACUUUCCCUGUUCUCGCCCCCUUAGUAUGUCAUCGGUGCCUUUGUUGUAUGUCAUGAACAAGCUCAAGUUUAACUUC